UUAUCCUCAGAAGGGCCACGGGAGUGCUGGAGCCAAUCACGGACAAUUUAUUGAUUAUUAUUCGUGGCAUUGUGGUCGUCCACCAAAUUAUCUUUUUCAACGUUUAAAAAGUUCGAUCAAUUUCAAGAAGGGUAGUUAUUUUCCAAAACGGGGUUGGGGGCUCAGGCCACCCCUCGUACUCUACCCUGCUAGAAAACCUAAAAAAAAAAAAAAAAACUGUAAAUAACAAAUUCUGCAAGACCGUUGGUGCCGGUUCUCCAAUUCUGGACCGACGUCGCCCCUAAAUAACCCCCAGCUGUGACGGUGACGUAGUUGUCCGUGCACAUCGGCGAGAAAAGAUAGAACGUGACAAUGAAAACGGGAAAUCUUUUCACAUUAUUUUGUGCUUUCUUACUAUUCGGCACGUGGACCGACGGUACCCAAAGACGAAAGCAACUUAUUCACAUUAGCAACCCCGAAUCCAGACCCCGCACAUCCAAACCGAGCGAAGCCACUCGGAGGUGGUCUGAGCACGUCCAAGCGGUUGAAACCGCUCGGCUCGACUUGGCAUCCCUUCCAGACGUUUCGGUGACCUGCUCCGCCUUCGACUUGGUGGUCCGGGUCAAGCCGGCGUUUUACGGAUUCGGCGCUGAUGACUCUGAGCUCCAGCUGGGCCGCACCUGCCGAAACAACGGUGUCCUGAGACCGUACGGAGACCUGCUUUUCACUUAUCCCCUGACGGCCUGUGGCUCCCGGCAAGAGUCGACGCGCGACUUCCUGGUCUACAAAUGGACGCUCCAUUAUGAACCUUCAACCGAGAGGACUGCAAGCGGAGCGCCUCGGCUGGACGUCGACAUUGAAUGUCGAUAUCGGAGGUACCACCAUGUGUACCAACUGGCUGUCAAGCCCACCUGGACAACUGCCCUUGUACGUACAAUUUUGAAGGCACAUCCAAUUGAGUUCCAAAUGCAAUUGAUGGACGAUUCAUGGAGCAAGCCAAUCAAAAAUAAAGUGUUCCAGCUUGGUCAGAAGGUUAACGUCGAAGUCUCUGCUCCACAUCUGUCCGCUGGACAAAGACUGUACAUCAACCACUGCUACGCCUCACCAGACAGUGCCUCUUCAUUGUACCACAAAUACACAAUCAUCGGCAAUUCAGGUUGCAUGGUGGACAGCAAGAGACACCCCGGAGGGGCCUCUCACUUCAUCUCACAAGCCGACAGGACCCUGAGAUUCUCUUUCAAAGCCUUCCAGUUCAUUUCUGACCCAGACGGGGAGAUCAGCAUUUACUGCAAAUUAUUUGCCACAUCAAAAGAGCAGAGUCCAGCACAGAAAUCAUGCACUUACGUUGAGGACAGGUGGAAGGCCCUUUCAGGAGACGACGACAUAUGCAAGUGCUGUGAUACACAGUGUGUGAGCGCAAAGUCAAAGAGAACAAGCAUGGAAGGUUCCGUAAGGACAGACUUGUUGGUUGCAGAUCAGCCACUUUCUGCUGAGGAAGGCUUACUUCGAGUCAGAAGACUGAAUCCCCCCCUGCAUGAUGUGCACAGCGAUGCCAUCUGGUGGCAAAAUGCAGAUGUACUCAAGAAUGAAGGCGAGGAGAGUGUGGAGGACUCUGGAAGACAAAGUGUGACUCCAGAAGAAAAAACACGACGGGAAGUUGAGAAGCUUGACCUUCAGUUGGAAAAGUCUGAAGAGAGAGGUUUGAGGAAGAUCAUAGUGGACAGAUCGGGAUAUAAAGUCGAGGAGGAAGAAUUUGAAGGCAAACGGGCGGUCCGAGAAGAUGAAAUAAAAGGUGAGGUAUCGGAUCAGUGGGUGAGGGUGGAGCCGAUUUUAGCAUCACAAGUCCCUGUGCAAAGAGAUGUGCCACAACUUGAUACCGACGGCGACGAAGGGAACAGGAAUCAGCCGCAUGGGACGAAGGAGGCUGCAAUACGCAAUAGUAAUGCGCUGACUUGGUAUUUUUCAUGGACAUAGUAUUGGUAUAGCUGAAUACAGCAAUCUCUCCACUACCAACUCAAUAAAAUUUGACAUGAAAUUAAAAGAUUCUUUUUUUUUUUUUUUUUUUUGACACAGCACCAUGUACCCAUUCUUUGUGUUCCAGUUUCAACACAUCUGCUAAACUACUACGUCUGGUUAGUCAACAAUCUUGACAUUGAACAAUCAUAACAUUUAGUCCAAAUGUGAACUCAGAAAUGUGCAUCAAUAAUAAAAUAGUACUGUAUUUUCUGCACUACGAGGUGCACCUAAAAGCCUUUAAUUUUCUCAAAAGCCAACGGUGCGCCUUAUGUUUAGAUAAAUAUUGAGCCUUUAGUGCAGUUCCCUCUAAUGGAUGCAUAAUGUAACCCCAGCAUCUACUGUACCAUCUAUUCUAUGCACCUUAUAAUGCGGUGCCCCUUUUAUAUAUGAAAAAAAGUCAUAAAAUAAGCCAUUCAUUGAAGGUGCGCCUUAUAGUGCGAAAAAUUCAGUACAUAAUAAUCCUUACAGGAGUAAUACAGACCAUGCAAUGCGUCCGUAAAUCUUUAUUUUUCUUUUCCUCUUCUGAUUUAUUACAUGUCUGAAAAUCUUGGGGUGAAAGAUUCAAAGCUCAAUUAUUCCACUAUUUGAGACAUAACCGCAUCAGAACUUGUGUUGUCAUAAAGAAUUUCAGUAUUAUUUGACAGUGAUUAUGAGCUGACCCUGAACUACAUUAUGGGCCAUGAACACAGUAAGCCUUAAAGGAUAACCUUGUGAAUUGUUGAAGAGAACACGCGAGUGAUGCAUAAACUCAAGUCAUAAUAUUUUAAAGAUUCAGACUUUGAAAGAGGACUGUGGAGACCUUCUUUGAACAGCAAAAAUAACUUACGAUUUGUUUUCCUAAAAUUGUUUGGAAAAGUCUUUGGUAAAUUACAGAACUCAUAUUAGCUUUAUUUACAGAAGAGGGCCCUGAAGUCCCAGCGUCAGAAUCCCGACAAGCGCCGAUUCAGCAGGACAGACGUACGUACGUGGAACAGUCAAGGGCAGCAUAUUUCAAUGUCACGCACCAGUAAAGCUCAGAACACCAUGUUGGCGGGGAAACGUAUUGUAGUAUCUACUUAACUGUUUAGAGUGUGCACUUGAACAAACAACCCACACCAUUUGCAUCAGUGAUUUUUUUUUUCAUCUUACAUAUUAGCAUCAAAA